AUGGCUUACCCACCCCCGCCCAUCAACACGGCGUUUGCGCCGGCAGCCUCCCCUCCCUCUGCGGAGCCGCUCCACAGCAGCGUGCUCCAAUCACCCGCAACCCCGCUCGACGGAGGAGAGGCGGGGAAGGAGAAAGAACAGAAGAAAAAGAGACGGUUUUCGCUGGGCAGACUGAGGCAGAGGAGCAAGAGCGGGAGUCGGAGCGUGAGCAGGAGCAGGCCGACGAGCAUGGUGUUGGUGGAAGAGGCCGGCAAGGGCGCGGACCCCACGGGCGCUGCUGCGUGGCAGGCCCCACCGCCUCUGCCCAUCUCGAAGGACAUCGAUGCGGGUGAGCAGGCUAAGCCGGUUGGAGCAAAAGAGCACGAAAAGGAGGGGCGAGUUGGCGAGCAGGGGGCGCAAGAAGGGGGCUACGAGGAAGAGACGGCAGCGGAGGACGGCGGGGACAAGAAAGGGGCCGAGAUGGACAAGGCAGCGGAGGAAGAGGCAGAGGCAGAGGCAGAGGCGACCGGACUGAGCAAAGAGGUGGACAGGCACAUGCACGGAAGCGAGACGAAGGAUGAAGGCACCGCCGUGGACGCCGUCGACUUCGGGGCGGAGGCGGGAGGGGCGGACCGGCCCACUGCCGAAGGUGCGGAAACGCAACCGGCUGCCGCAUCCGGCGUAGCGCUGUCGCAGCCCACGAUAGAGGCUGCUGCUGCCGCCGCUGCUGCCGUGCCCCGACAAAGCCAAGAGGCCGUCGACAGCAAGAAGGAGAGCCGCGCCGUCGCCGAGAUGAACAUCAGCAGGCCCAUCAGCCGGCAGAUCUCGGCCGUCAACUCGCCGGCCGGCAGCAGGCCCGUCAGCAGCGUCGGCAGCACCUCCGCCGCCGCCGCCGCCGCCCAGUUCGUCGCGCCCGAGGAAUGGGAAACCCUACCCGACCCCGCGUCGCCCGUGAGCCGCGCCUUCAGCCAAUCCCCCAUCUCGCGCACCGGCACCCCCGGCCACCGCUCGUUCGCCGAGCGCGCCCAGUCGCCCAUCCAGCGCUCCGUCACCCCCGGCAGCAUCGCCAUGCCGACCGCCCAGUACGCCGGCGGCGCCGUCGCCCGGAGCGGCAGCCAGAAGAGCGGCAGCGGCAAGUGGGAGCGCCUGGGCGUCUUGCCCAGCCCGAGCAUCGAGCCGCUGUCGUGGCUGGACGAGAAGGAGAAGAGGAGGAGCCUGGCCGCCGAGGCCCGCAUGGAGCGCGUCAUCGAGAGCGUCGUGCGCAACAGCACGCCCGUCAGCGUGCGGAGCAAGGGCAGCGCCGGCAGCAUGGGCCGCUUCAUGGCUGGUGGAGAAGGCGGCGAGCUGCAGCCGGAGAACGUCGACGAAGCGGCGAGAGGGGAGGAAGACGGUGCCAAAUCCAACAGGCAGUCCUUUGCCCAGCGUGCCAGCGCCGGCGGUGCUCCGUCUUCUCGCCAGUCCAUCCGCACGAGAGACUCCAAGGGCUCCAUCGCCUCGCUGCUGCCCAUCCCGCUAGACGAGAUGGCGAAGAAGGGUCUCACGCUCGAGGACCACGAGCUGGACAGGCCGAAGUUUGAUGUCUCGCCCAUCGAGCUGGACGAUGUGGAUGCGGACGAGCGCGAUGAGCAGCUCAAAGCAGCCACUGCCCAGCUGCAGCCUGAGCAAGCUGAAGAGCACCAAGAUGCUCCUGAUGCGCAUGCUGGAGCUCAGCGAUCGCCCUCCCCGGCAUCCCAUGAUCACGCCAGUACGGCCGAAGUGGUACAGUCUCCGGGGCCCAUUCAGCAGCCCCCGCGUCUUGCCUCGCCUCUGCAAGAUAUAAGCACUGCUGCGGCUUCGGUGGAUGCCCCUGUGUCGGGAGAACAAGAGAACUUCUCGCGUGGGUACCAAGUCAGCCCUAUCCAAGCCGGGUUCGACAACACCCAGCCUGGCCCGAGGCCGCCUCGUCGAGAGCUGGAGCAGGCUCCACGCCCGUUCUCGUACAUGGAAGGCCAGAGCACGCAGGAGGAGAGCAUGCAACAAGGAUACGUGGGGCCGCGUUACGCUCAGCGUGCACCGCCCCAAGCUCCAAGUGGCCCCUCCGAUGCGGCCAGCCAGAGGGGCAUGCCGUACGCCAGACGUGGUCCUUACAGCUGGCAGCCCGGUCAGCUGCCGCCGCGCCAGCAGCAAGGUCCGCCCCGUCAAGGCUACCCGGCGCCGCCCCCAGGGCUUGACGGGCGCCGCCGCUCGUUGCUCCUUCAAAGCGACGCGAAUGACAACUUUGCGCGCCCGGAUUUCGACCCCCGCCUUUACUCGUCCGAGUUCACCUUGCCGGGGGUCGGGCCACCGGACCACUCCGAGACUUCUGAACUGCGUGUGAAGAGGAGAUCGAUUCUGGGUACCAUCGGCGCCGGCUCCAACAAUAGAGCGUCGCCCUCGGGCUCGAACACGAACACGCCGCCGUCCAAGUCGAACGAGCGCAUCAAUCCACAGCACGUCGACCAAGGCGCGGUGCUGCACCGGAGCUUCUCGUACCAGUCCAGCGUCGAUGAGUCGCAGCUGAAGCUCACCACCACCGAAGAGGCGAGUAAGAAGUCGAAGGAUGCGGACAGUCAGAAGUACAAGCGGCAGCGAUCGGGCCUGUUUUCGCCUUUCAAACGGAACGACGACAGCACCUCACAGCAAAAGCCCACCACAGCUCCUCCGCCAUCCGAGGCUGAGCCAGCUAACCCAUCCGCUGCGGCCGGUCAGUCGAAGAAAGGCCGGAAGGUGCUGCAGCGCAACGCCAGUUCCGGCCGCUUGCAGACAGAGCCAAUCUCACCAGCAGCGGAGAAGGAAAAGAAAGAGAAGAAGAAGCGGUCGUCUCUGUUCGGCAGUAUUUUCGGCCGGUCUUCCUCUGCUGUUGCUGCGGAGCGCGAGAAGGAAGAGAAAAAGAAGCUUCGAGGCAGCGACAGCAAGGGUAAACUGUCGAAGCUGAGGAAGACUCACACGUCCAACAGCAGCAGCAAUCUGUCUGCCGUCAGUCAACCCCAAGGCAACACCACGGAGGUGAGAGAGGCGGCUUACGCGCCUGUUCCCCAGCCUCCGAGGAUGAUCGGCAGCUACCGCGAACUGCGCGAAGGCACAGGCGUGACUGAGGACGCGCUCAGAGAGCAGAGCUCGCAAGGCGAAUCCCUCAGAUCGGCCGGUGAGCAACGGCUUCCCCCUCCCCCCCCUUCAGCAGGCUCUGCCGGGUCCAGCUUCUACUCGACCGGGCCCCUCCCUGCCACUCAGCAGACGGGAUACCCUGGACCCACUACCGCCGCCGUCGCUCCUGGCUUCACACCUCCCCCGCACCGUCCCGGCCCCGCAGCGCGCACCCGUUACUACUCGCAGCAGCAAGCCGCCGCCGCUGCUCCUCAGCGCGCCCUCUCGCACGACCGCGCCCUGUGGCCUGCCGGCGCUCCUCCUCCUCCACCGGCCACGGCCCCCCCGCCCGGCCGUCGCUUCUCGGAGCAAAUGCUGCAGCAACAGUAUCCGCCGGCGGGGCCGGCAGCAGCAGCUCGCGCUUACCAAACGCCGCCGCCGCCGCCGAAUCAUCAGCAAUACGCCCGCCACCCUGGCAGCCAAAGCGGCGAAUACGCCGCAGCGCUUUCGCCGCAGGUCUCGGCGUUGGCGCCGCCGCAGCCGGGGGAACAGCCCCUGCCGCCGCAGCAGCAGGGGCAAGGGGCCGGCAGCGCCGUCGUCGGCAGGACUGCCGCUGAGGAGAUGCUGGUCAGCCCGAUCACGUCGAGGGCGAGCGAGUCUUCUGGCGGUGGGGGUGGGGGUGGGGGUGCGAGUUAUUUCGGGCGAGUGAGUCCGGAGGCGCAUAGGAGACAGGGCGCGAUGGAUGCGUUUGAGAGGCAGAGGCUGUGGCAUAUGCAACAGCAGCAGCAGCAGCAAUCGCCAGCGCAUACGGAGCGGCAGAGAAGUGCGGGAAGGAUCCCACAACAACAGCAACAGCAACAACGAGGACCACCACCAGGGGUGAUGGCUCCGUACCAGCAACAGCAACAGCAACAGCAACAGCCACCGCCACAGCAAAUGUGGGCCCCGGCCCCUCACCACCCGCACAUCAUUCCCCACCAGCACCAGCAGCAGCGGCCCUUCGAGCUCAGCCUGCCCGGCAACAACAACUACAACACCAACGAGUCCUCCGAAUCGAGUGGCGAAGACGCCAUCGCUGCCACCACCACCGCCGCCGCCGCCGCCGGAGAUUUCGAAAAGGGCCACCAAAACGGCGCGUGGCCGUCGUCGUCGCCGUCGCCGGGCGGCCCCGCCGCCGCCAUGGCGGCCGCGUACAGGGAAGUCCUGCCGCGCGGCUACACGCCCGUCACCACGACCGCGACCGCGGCCGCCGCCGUCGCCGCCAUCAGCGGCGGUGCCGGCGGCAACUCGUCGCCCACGACGAUGACUACGACCACCACCGCGCGCAUCGAGCCCCGGUGGAAGGAGAUUUCGCCCGAGGAGGCGGAGACGGAGCUCGAGCGCGUGCGCGAGAGGCAGGCGCAGGAGCGGCUGUCGGCGCAGGAGCGCGAGAGGGAGAGGGAGAGGGAGAGGGAGAGGGGAGAGAGGGAAGAGAGGGAGAGGGAAGAGAGGGAGAGGGAGAGGGGGCGCGAGCGCGAGCUGGAGUUGGAACUGGAGUUGGAGCAGAGGCAGCAGCGGAACGUGCAUCCCGUGUUUCGGCACAGCCCCAAGCCCAGUCUGAGCGGCAGCAGUCCUGCCCUUGGGCCUCCUUCCCCGGCGCCGCCGGCGAAGCUGCCCAUCACCGGCAACAUCUCGCCCAGACCCCCGCCGGGGUUCGAAGGCGUGGUGGCGGCGUCUCAUCCGCAGCAGCAGCAGCACCAGCAGAAUCAGCACCAGCAGAACAACCGCCCCCCGAUCCCGCCGAAUCAGCGCUACUCGGCUGGCCCGGUCACGGCGGCCGGCGACUUGCAGAUGGACCCGGCGUAUGCGAAGGAGUACGGCAUCACGGGCUCGGAGCCUUCGUCUCGUCACCAUCAUCCUGCAGCCGAGCUGCCGCAGCAGCAGCAGGGUGCCCAGAAAGUCCUUGGCGAUGACAGCGACGACGACGACGACGACGACGACGAGGAUCUCUACGCCGAACCGACGAACGUCCUCGUCCGCAGCAGGGAGUCGGGCCAGCAGGGCGCGCAGGUGCUGGAGCGCGCGCAGAGAGAGGCGGCCGGUGCGGCGUCGCCGCCGCCGCCGAUGAUGAUGUCGACGGUGCCGGCGGGAGGCCGGGAGGGGAAGGAGGAGGAGGAGGAGAGGGGGCAGGGCGAGGAUGCGGAUGAGCCCGUCGUCAUGCAUGGGGCUAGUUAUCCGGGUAUGGAGUGGACGCCGAGUUGGGAUGGGACGGUCGAGUGA